AUGUCGGCCGACAAGGGGAAAGGUCCUGAAAUAGAUUUACAAGACCCCAGAGCUCACUCCAGGUCACGCUCUCGAGUAUCUUCCCCUGAGCAAUCGUACUUCUCGUCUAGCGAACCAGCGAAUGAGAUUGUUAAAAGUGCUCUGGAAAGCUCCGUCGAUCCACCAGAAUCACUCACUUUGGGCUUAGCACCAAGCAGCCCGAUGACUGUGCUAGGCGCUGGCCGCAUUGAUCCUUUUGCCGAUUACCCCAUCAAGAUGAACGAGGGUGAGCUGUGGCUGAUAGACCAAGUAAAUACAAGCCAAGAUCCUACCUUUAGAACGCUACGGGAGCGGUGGCUUCCCGUCGCUGUCAAAGAUGCCGCAAACUUCCAUCAAUUUCUCGCAAAUGUGUCGCUGAACGUCUCUCGUGUCCGAGGAGAGGACCUUGAAAAUGCGGUCUCUGUUGGUCACCAUUCUCUCGCCAUUCAAUCCAUCAAUCAGAAGCUUUCCGACCCUAAUCUGAGGACUAACGAUGACAUGGUUGUGGGUAUCCUAUCAUUUGUUUGCUACAGUACGGUUAAAGAAGACUUCCAUAGUGUUUCAAUCCAUCUCGAUGGCCUCAAGAACGUUAUUCGACUUCGUGGAGGUUUCGAGACUAUCGAAAACAAUCCAGUGUUGGCAAUGUUGGUCUAUGGGGUUGACAUGACAAGAAGCUUACGACAAGACACAAAGCCUCUAUUUCCUCUGCCCAAACGAAUGCUAAGCGCACAGAACGACCAAUCCGCAGACGACUUCGUAUUCUUUCCUCAAGCACCAACCUCAUCGCCAUGGAAACAUAUCUUCCCACCGGAUCAUCCUACGGUCUCCGCGUUCGAUGACUUACAUCACGCAGUCGAGAUAGCCAGAUUGAAAACCGCGAGAAAGCAGCAAUGGCGCGUCGUCAAUUUCGUCAUCUUUCGCAUAUACCCAAUCGUUCACAGGUUACACAGCAUGGACGUGGAUCCUAACAACCGAUGGAGCAUAAUCCAAGAAGCUUCGCGACUUGGGAUCUCGUUGUUUCUGGGUGAAAUGCGACGACAAUGCGGUGCUCUCGGUGUAUCUACGAAAUUAUACGUUAUCAAACUCAAAGUGUUCAUGGAAGGAUUGGGUAGCACAAUCGAUUGGACAUCUUCGAAUUUGCUCCUACUGUGGAUCAUGUUCUUUGGGCUGUUGGAAAGUUGGAAGCUGCCAGAACAGGAUUGGUAUGUCGAAUCCAUUUACGCUAUUAUGGCUAGGACUACACUUCGAUCUUGGGAUGAUGUUGUGGACGGAGCCAAGUCAUUCUUAUGGAUCGAUGAGAUUUUCGACGAGCGGAUCGAGAUAUUUCGACAUAUCGUGUCUUGA